GCUGUUCUCCAGAGCGAACGAAGUUGUGACACCUACGCUUUCUCUUAAUUAAAUAACUUUAAUUUACAUUCCUAAAAUGCACAAAAUGUACUCCUUGAAAAUGUUGCUGGGUACAUUGUUUUUGUUCUGCUACCUGUCGAGCAUGGCAAAGGCACAACAGGAGCUUAGACGAGACGAAACGUACCCGCCACCAGAAAUGUUGAAGGCGCUGCUACCAAUUCAUGACUCAUGUGUUGGCAAGACAGGUGUAACGGAAGAGGCCAUAAAGGAGUUCAGCGAUGGUCAGGUGCAUGAGGAUGAGGCACUUAAGUGCUAUAUGUAUUGCGUAUUUGAAGAGACGGAUGUAUUGCAUGAUGACGGCGAAGUACAUUUGGAGAAGAUAUUAGAUAGUUUGCCGCAAUCAAUGCAUAAUAUAGCACUACAUAUGGGUAAAAAGUGUCUCUAUCCCAAAGGCGAUACAAAGUGUGAACGCGCCUUUUGGUUACAUCGCUGCUGGAAGGAAUCGGACCCAAAGCACUAUUUCUUGAUCUAAAAAUAUGCCACUGAAAACAAUUUUUCCACUGGUUAUGCUUUAUGGGCCGGCCUACGAAUUCCUAAUUUACGUUUAAAAAAUAAUUAAAGUACUUUUACUGUAGUUAAUUUUUAUUUUUUAUGAUUUACAAAUAUAGCGUUGACGAACAUUCC